AUCUGCAGCAUGGAUAAGUAUGGCGACCUGGGCCUGGAGGCCAGUAAGUUCAUCGAAGAUCUGAACAUGUACGAGGCCUCCAAGGAUGGGCUCUUCCGGGUGGAUAAGGCUGCUGGCAACAACCCCGAAUUUGAGGAAACUCGGAGGGUGUUCGCGACCAAGAUGGCCAAAAUCCACCUCCAGCAGCAGCAGCAGCAGCAGCAGCUCCUUCAGGAAGAGGCCCUACCUCGGGCAGGCAGAAGCCCUGUCAACGGUGGGAGCCGUCAGGGUAUGAGCAGCAAGCUGGCUACAGAUGGUGCCGCCAAGCCCCCUCUAGCUGCGCCAACAGUGGCGCCUGGAUUAGCUCCCACCGCUGUGGCCGUGCAGCCCUCAUACCCUCCUCAGGAGCAGAGGACCAGGCCAUCUGCCCACGGUGCAAGGCCUGGCAAUCCGAACUCUGGUUCCAGGGACGGGCCUGUGAGUUCCCAGAGGCCUGCUUUACACAGUCUGGGUGCCUGUGAGGACCCCUCCUGCCUCACGCAUGGAGACUAUUAUGACAAUCUCUAUUUGGCGAGCCCGCAGUGGGGUGAUAAACCAGAAAUACCCUCUAGCAUGAGUCUGAGUGUAGGGAGUGGGUGGCCUGGUUGCCCAGGGGAUGGGUCCCCAUUGCCCAAGUCCUAUGGGGACAAUCACCCUUACCAGCCACAGCUCUCCAUGUGCUCUGACAAGUCUUUUGAAAGCGGCAUCAGUGGCCAGGAUGGUGGCAUUGGUGGCCAUAGCAGUAAGGAGCCAACAGGCCUUUGGUCCACAGCCUCUUCUCAGCGAGUUAACCUCGACUUUGCCUCCCUGGGCUUGGAGAAUGGGGCCUCAGCUCAACCCAGGAGCGCAGCUGUUUCUGCGCCUCUGGGCCCUAGCAGCACCAGCCAGGGGGCUUGUCUGAGAAGAGAUUCGGGUCUAGGGUGUGACGCUUCAGGCAGGCCCUUCAAACCCACCGGGGAUGCUCAGCCUUGGCUCCAGGAUGGGCCCAAGUCUUACCUCUCCGUUUCUGCUCCGUUAUCAUCAACAACUGGCAAGGACAGUGCCCAGCCCGGACCGACCCCUGGAUGCAUGGGGUCUGGCACUGGUCCCAAGCCCAGCCCCACCAGUCUCGUCCACCCGGUGAUGUCCACUCCAUCCGAGUUAUCUUGUACAGAGAGUCCUCCCAGCUGGCCCACUGACAGUAGCAGCCUGGGACCUGUGCUCCCGGGCAGCCCCACCCCUUCCAGGGUGAGGUUGCCCUGUCAGACCCUCACCCCGGCUCCUGAGCUUGGACCCUCCACUGCUGAACUGAAAUUAGAAGCCCUCACCCAGCGUCUGGAGAGAGAGAUGGAUGCUCACCCCAAAGCAGACUACUUCGGAGCCUGUGUGAAGUGCAGCAAAGGGGUGUUUGGAGCCGGCCAGGCCUGUCAGGCCAUGGGAGACCUCUACCACGAUGCAUGCUUCACCUGUGCAGCCUGCAGCAGAAAGUUAAGAGGAAAAGCCUUCUAUUUUGUCAAUGGCAAAGUAUUCUGUGAGGAAGAUUUUUUGUACUCUGGCUUUCAGCAGUCUGCAGACAGGUGCUUUCUUUGUGGACACCUGAUCAUGGACAUGAUCCUACAAGCCCUGGGGAAGUCCUAUCACCCUGGCUGCUUUCGCUGUGUCGUCUGUAAUGAGUGUCUGGAUGGAGUGCCUUUCACCGUGGACUCCGAGAACAAGAUCUACUGUGUCCAGGAUUAUCACAAAGUGCUGGCCCCCAAGUGUGCAGCCUGUGGACUUCCCAUCCUGCCCCCAGAGGGCUCAGAUGAGACCAUCCGUGUUGUGUCCAUGGACAGAGACUACCAUGUAGAGUGCUACCACUGUGAGGACUGCGGUCUGGAGCUUAAUGAGGAGGACGGCCACCGCUGCUACCCACUGGAGGACCACCUACUCUGUCACUCCUGCCAUGUCAAAAGACUGGAGAAGGGACCUUCGCCUCCAGCGCUCCACCAGCACCACUUCUAGCUGGAGACGC